AUGGAAAUCUCCGAUGACAAGGAUAAGGCUCUACACCCCUCUCAGUUUAUCCGGUCCGUCGUGAGAAGUGAACCUGAUUUUUUCUCCUCCAUUUGCGAAGACGAAGAAACGCCUACCCUUGAAGCCGUCUUCUUUGCCGAAGCAAUUGUUCGAAAUGAGUUACUUAACCUAAAAGAAUCGACCUCCUCAGGCCCUAAUGCAAUCCCUACCAAGCUGUUGAAGGAGCUAGCUCCCGAAUUGUCCAAACCAUUAGCCAUGAUAUUCCAAACGUCAUUUCUUACUGGAUGCCUGCCCUCUGAUUGGAAGUCCGCUACCAUCACUGCGCAUUUAAAGAGCGGAAUUCGUGCCUCUGCGAAUAACUACAGGCCAGUGAGUCGUACAUCCCUCUGUUGAAAAAUCACGGAAAAGGUCAUAAAGAAGUCCUUGAUGCAGUUUCUCGGGCAGCACCAUCUCCUCUCUGAGGCGCAACAUGGCUUUCGAAGUGGUAGGUCCUGCCUCACGAACCUGCUCUUUUCGCUCGAACGCUGGACCCAAGCACGCGAUGAAGGUAGUGUGGUGCACGCCAUCUACAUCGACUUCAAAAAGGCCUUCGACAGCGUUCCCCACCAACUUCUCUUGCAUAAACUACGCAACGGUGGAAUUCGUGGACGCCUUCGUGUAUGGAUCCAGAGCUUUUUGGCUGGACGGUCCCAAAGAGUGCAGGUGGGACGUCAACAGUCCUCGGAGGUAGGCCUGGUGAGUGGCGUCCCACAGGGCUCAGUCUUAGGUCCCGCGUUAUUCCUCGUUUUCAUAAUUGACUGCGUCAAGGAUCUAAACUGUGAUACCAUCCUGUUUGCCGGCGACAUAAGAUUGUGGAAGGUUAUUCACAAUGCAGCAGACGUAGACCACCUGCAAGCAAAUCUAAAUAGGCUCGAAGUCUGGUCGAAGCGCUGGCUUGUGCCCUUCAAUAUAAGCAAGGGCAACUUUCUGCAACUGAGCACCUCCAGAGCCUCCAGCUCCAGGACUUACUUUCUACAUGGCACACCACUUCAACAGGUUGACAGUCAGAAGGAAUUGGGCGUAUGGAUUACAUCUUCACUCAAACCAACACUGCACUGCGCAAAGGCGGCUAAAUCGGCUAUGGCUACACUGCAACUCAUUAACCGAGCAUUUAUGGGAUUUGACACGGACUGCUUUUCCAAAGUAUUUGGCACCUACGUGCGGCCUCAUCGAGAAAACGCCAUACGGGCGUAG